AUGACAAGCUUCGCCGUGCAGUUCGCACGCCAACAGAGGCACGCCUUCCAGGCGGCUUCCAAACUCUCCUCGGCCUCGACUUCCAACAUUGUCGCCGCCGCCGCUUCCACAUCCUACGCUUCCACUCCCAGCGCCGCGAGAGCCUUCUCCACCGCCAGGAACAAUCUCCCUCGCUCGGCGCAGAUCGCAAGGUCGCAGCGCUCCCAACUUGCCCUCACAAGACACAUUUCCACAAAUCAGCCCAAGGAGCAGGCUGCCGCUGCUGCUCAGACCAGCGUGCGCCCCGAACCAUCGCCUGCCUUCCAGCAGUCGCCUCAGAACAUCGCUCCUCUCUCCUCCAGAUAUGACGCAAAUGCGCUCGACGAGUCGUUUGUGGGCAUGUCUGGUGGUGCCAUCUUCCACGAGAUGAUGCUCAGACACGACGUCAAGCAUGUCUUUGGCUACCCUGGUGGCGCUAUCCUCCCCGUCUUUGACGCCAUCUACAACUCGAAGCACUUCGACUUCGUUCUCCCACGAAGAGAGGACGGUGCCGGCCACAUGGCUGAGGGCUACGCCCGUGUCACUGGCAAGCCCGGUGUCAUCCUCGUCACCUCGGGACCUGGUGCCACCAACGUCAUCACCCCCAUGCAGGAUGCCAUGAGCGACGGUACGCCUCUCGUGGUCUUCUGUGGUCAGGUGGCCACCUCUGCCAUCGGCUCGGAUGCCUUCCAGGAGGCUGAUGUUGUUGGCAUCUCGCGAUCGUGCACCAAGUGGAACGUCAUGGUCAAGGACAUUGCCGAACUCCCUCGUCGCAUCAACGAGGCUUUCAAGAUUGCCACGUCGGGUCGUCCCGGUCCCGUUCUCGUCGACCUGCCCAAGGAUGUCACUGCCGGCAUCCUCCGUCAGGCUAUCCCCUACAGCCAGACGCAGCCCAACAUGAUCACCAACCUGCCCAGCCGACAGGUUGCACGCAACCGUCGUGGCGCCACCUUCCAGCAGAGCACCAAUCUUCGCUCCUCUGAGCAGGACAUCCUCACCUCGGAGCUGCGCGAGGCCGCUCGUCUCAUCGGCAUCGCCAAGCGACCCAUCAUCUACGCCGGCCAGGGUAUCCUCUCUUCCCCCGAUGGACCCAAGCUGCUUGCCAAGCUGGCCAAGGAGCACAACAUCCCCGUCACCACCACCCUCCAGGGUCUCGGUGCUUUCGACGAGCUUGACCCUCUCAGUCUGCACAUGCUCGGCAUGCACGGUUCCGCCUACGCCAACCUGGCCAUGCAGGAUGCCGACCUGAUCAUCGCCCUCGGUGCCAGGUUCGACGACCGUGUCACUGGUCGCAUCGACAAGUUUGCGCCGCACGCCCGCGCUGCUGCGCUCCAGAAGCGCGGUGGCAUCAUUCACUUCGAGGUUAUGCCCAAGAACAUCAACAAGGUGGUUCAGGCAACAUGCGCCAUCGAGGGUGAUGUGGUGACCAACCUGGGCAAGCUCAUGCCCUACCUCGAGAGCAACGGGCCGGACAGGAGCGAGUGGCACGAGCUCAUCAAGUCGUGGAAGGACUCCUACCCGUUCACAUACGAGCCUUCGAAGGAGGGCGAGCUGAUGAAGCCGCAGGAGGUGAUCGAGGCGCUCGACUCGGCUGUGGCGGAUCAGAAGGACAAUGUCAUCAUCUCGACCGGUGUGGGGCAGCAUCAGAUGUGGGCUGCGCAGCACUACCGCUGGCGUCACCCUCGCACCUGGGUUUCCUCGGGUGGUCUCGGAACUAUGGGUUUCGGUCUUCCCUCGUGCAUUGGCGCCAAGGUUGCUGCUCCCGAAAAGAUCGUUGUUGACAUCGACGGUGAUGCUUCGUUCAGCAUGACCGCGAUGGAGCUCGCCACCGCCGCACAGUACGACAUUGGUGUCAAAGUGCUUGUCCUCAACAACGAGUUCCAGGGCAUGGUCGUUCAAUGGCAAGACCUCUUCUACGAGAAGCGAUACUCGCACACCGAGAUGCACAACCCAGACUUCUGCAAGCUCGCCGAGUCCAUGAACGUCAAGGCCAUCCGCUGCGACAACAUCAAGGACCUCCCCGCCAAGAUGAAGGAGUUCAUCGAGUACGACAACAACAAACCCAUCCUGUUCGAGGCGAGGAUCACCAAGAAUGAGCACGUCUACCCCUUCUGCCCUGCUAGUGCGGGCCUGCACGAGUUGAUUGUGCACCCCAGCCUCAAGCCUAUCCCCAAGAAGGCGUGA